AUGUCUUCUUCACGUGACUUUGACUACUCGCGACCACAAGCAUGGCGCAAUCUGCCGCAACAACAGGAGCGAAUGGGUAACUCAAGCGCCAUUGAUUAUUCAUUGAACAACGAAAGGGUGCAACCUGUGCAGUCCACAGACCGCUCCACCAAUAGCAUUAGGGCUGCGAGCUACGACACGAUGUCUUUGACGUACAGUGGCGCUGCAGUUGCUGACAAUGCGUCGGUGGCUGCAGCUGCCCAAGGGGCCACUGAUGCCAAUGAGAGCACGACAAAUGUAAUCAAUGCGAUCAGAAGCAGCGUGGACACCGCGGUGGACACUAUGUGGGAAGCACGUCGUAAGCGUGAGAAGGCUGAAGAGGAAGCAGAUCAGAAGCUGCUUGACGCCGUGUGUAAGGCCUCGCUGGUUGAAUACAACGCGCGCGAGCGAGCGCUGGAGGACUAUGAGUCUGAAACCACUCAGAGCUCACAGAAGUAUCAGACAUCGUCGGAAGCGCUGCAACAUGCUAAAAUUAUUGCAGAAGAGCGAAAGCGCGCCGCCAUGCAGACAGUAAUUGAUAGCAAGACGCUUGCACAACAGAUGAAGGAAAAGGCCCGCGAAGCCACGUGGCUUUAUGAGCAAAAAAACAGUGAGCGUCUUGCAAAACAGGCCGAAUCACAGUCUCUGAAGCUUCGUGAAGCGCACGAAGUGGAAAUGCGUGCGGUACAAAAGCGCAAGGAGGAGGCAAUGCGCAAACGCACGGAGGCAGAGCAGAAGGCGCGUAAUGCCCGGGAGAAGGCAGAGGCAAUGCGGCGCCAUGUCUUCCAGGCGGCGUCCAAAAUGCGGGCGAACUCGCGUCGACAGAUCGAGACUCAGCUCAGUCAAGAAGAGGUUCAACGCCGAUACGAAAUGCAGCGCAAGUUGGAUGAAAUAAAAAAAGACAAGGAGCUAGCGCACCAGAGAAAAGAGGCAGCAGCCAAGAAAGCGGAAAAUGCGCGCCGUCGUGCUGAGGAGCUUUGCUUGAAGGCAAAACAAGCUCAAGCUGGGUUGAAGUCCUCAACGGCCGCAACCUCAUCGUUUUCGGCUUAA